AUGAAUCCCAGAAUAGAGGAUCAAGCUUUGUCAACUCAUCGAAAAGUGCCGGAGACUGGUCAACUCUUCACUGGCGCUCAGAAACUCGUUCUUGACGGAAUCGUGAAAACGUUAAACGAGCUUCUCCUAAAGUCAGACAAUAAUGGAUUUAAUGGUGAAGAAACGCCAAUCAACGUCCUCCAAUUAUUCCCCGACAUCAAGCCGACCUCCGGAAACGGGAAUGCAUCGUUUUUGGAAGUGCUGGUUGCGAGGCGCUCAUUCACACGAAAGAUGAUCAAGAAUUCGGGGCGAUGCUAUGAGCACAUUUGGACUCAUUACCUCAUGAGGCACUGCGAUGUGCUCGAGGAAUUUCUGAAAGAGGAAAAGAAACGUUUGCAACAAGGAACACCGCCAACGGAGAUCCCGCAACGGAUUCAACCAAUCGAGGAAAGGGAUCAGCUAUUUCUGGCCAAUCACCAGUCAUCUUCCUUGCAAAUGGACAAUUUCGCAUCUCCGAUCAAUCCAGCUCCAAUUUCUCCAAUCGCUUUUACUAAUUAUCAUCAUAGUUCAAAAAUCAACGUCUUUGAGGAUGCUCCGGAUCAGGAUCAGGAAAACGAUGAACCCAGCUCGAGCUCGCUCUCACACUCGCCACUGAACGCGCUGCUCAUGCAAACGAGUUCGCUGACGAAUCGGAUGGUUCAAUCUCCUCAACCAGGCACUGAAUAUGAAAGUUUCGAGGAGAAAAUCCCUUCCUACUACAUGGAUUUAGCGAGAGGUGUCUCAGUGAAGCAAGCUUUGUCAACUCAUCGAAAAGUGCCGGAGACUGGUCAACUCUUCACUGGCGCUCAGAAACUCGUUCUUGACGGAAUCGUGAAAACGCCAAUCAACGUCCUCCAAUUAUUCCCCGACAUCAAGCCGACCUCCGGAAACGGGUUC